AUGUGUUCUACAAUACCCUCAACACUUGUCUUGCAGGAGUACGCAGGCAACUUAUCAGAGAGUGGCGUCCACGGGGCCCUUAUCUCCCUGGACGACAACUUCGACGCCAACAGCAUGGCGCUGGCCUUGCAGAUACCCACACAGAACACACAGGCGCGACAAAUCCUGGAAAUGGAAUUCAGUAACCUUUUAGCGACGGGCACCGAACGUACGGCCCGCUUACAGCACGAGCACGCGGCCUCCUGA